GUAAUAAAAAAGAAUUGUCAUUCUUCGCCGUAUACACUGAUACUGCAAAAUUGAAUGAAAAACACAAUGUUUAAUAGUAUUUAAUUAAUUAAAAUAGUAAUUUAGCACAAUUCGGCAUCCGUUUUCUUAAUCUACAGCUUGUAAUUGAUCCUCGACGGUUCGUAGUUUCAUUGUAAUUUGGUUUCGAAGAACACCUCAGGUACAAUGUCUGUCGUCGCUGAACAACCGAUCAUCGACGUAGAGAUGAAAAGCGUCGAUAAUGCGGCCGAAGACGGCGAAGUGGAGCAAAAAGGUUCGGACGCGGCCACUAUUCAAGAUAUACGCGAAAAUAUUCGCCAGAUCGAGCGAGGUGUUACGACCAAAGAAACCAGAUUCGUAACUCGUAUCCUUCGUGCGAUCCUAACCAUUCGAAAAGAUCUGAACUCGAACGUUUUAAUCAGCGUUAUCAACGGUUUCUAUACGCAUUCGGCUAACGAGAAAGAAUUCAUGUUAUCGUUUUUCGACGAACAAAUGGAAGUCGAUACUACAGCGCAGAGAAUGCGAACGGUGAAAAACUCGACUACGCCUUUGCUACCCGAAGUAGACGCUUAUAUUCAUUUACUAAUAAUACUGUAUUUAAUCGAUCAAUCUAAAUUCAUCGGAGCUCAAAAGUGUUCGGACGCUUUGAUGGAGAAAUUAUCGCAACACAGUAGACGUACGUUGGAUAUAAUCCAAGCUCGAUGUUUCUUCUAUCACAUGCGAGCUUACGAGUUGAACAACGAGCUAGAAAAAUGCCGGCCGUUUUUCCACGCUAAGCUGAGAACCGCUACGUUACGAAAUAAUUACGAAGGACAGGCUGUGCUGAUCAACUGUUUAUUACGUAGCUAUUUACACGACAGCUUAUACGAUCAGGCUGAUAAAUUGAUCUCUAAGUCUGUAUUCCCUGAAACGGCCAGUAACAACGAAUGGGCUAGAUUCUUGUAUUACGUCGGUCGCAUUAAAGCUAUUCGUCUGGAGUACUCGGAAGCUCACACUAAUCUCGUCCAAGCUUUGAGGAAAGCUCCUCAAACUACAGCUGUAGGUUUCCGCCAAGCUGUGCAAAAAUUAGUCGUCACGGUCGAGUUGUUAUUGGGUGAUAUUCCGGAUAGACUUAUAUUUCGAGAAGCUUCGAUGAAAGCAUCCCUUCAACCGUAUUUCGAAUUAACGCAAGCCGUUCGUUUGGGUAAUUUGCAUACGUUCCAGGAAGUAUUGAAUAAAUUCAGCGCCCAGUUCCAGCAAGAUAGAACUUUCUUGAUGAUUAUUCGACUUCGUCAUAACGUCAUCAAAACAGGUGUUCGAGCCAUCGCUGCUUCGUACUCGAGAAUAACGCCGGAAAAUAUCGCUAAACAAUUAGGUCUCGACUCGGCCCAAGAUGCUGAAUGUAUUAUAGCCAAAGCCAUCAGAGACGGUGUCAUAGAAGCUAUCAUCGAUCCGGUCAACGGCUACAUGCAAACUAAAGAAUCGACCGAUAUAUAUUGCACAGCCGAACCUCAAAUAGCCUUCCACGAACGUACAGCUUUCUGUUUAGAACUGCAUAAUCAAAGCGUUAAAGCCAUGAGAUAUCCUCCUAAAUCGUACGGUAAAGAUUUAGAAUCAGCAGAAGAACGUCGUGAACGAGAACAACAGGAUUUAGAGUUAGCGAAAGAGAUGGCCGAAGAUGAAGAUGACGGUUUUCCCUGAACGGUUCCUUGGCUUUCGAGUCGAUUAUUGUAUAUCCGUGGAAUUAUAUUUUCUUUUCGUUGUAAAAUUUAUCUCUAAAUUUUGUUUAUGUUUAUAAUAAUAAAAUUUUUAACAUCUAUCGUA